AUGAUCACCAACAGAACAGUGUCUCACUUGAUUUGUGUUUUUCUAAGUUUAUUACUCCAGGUCAACUGUCAGAUAUGUGACAGUACAAUUCCAUAUGAUCGCUGUUCGACUAGUAGUGCUUGCGGAUGCUUUUCUAUGGUAGGUGCUCAAGAUGUUAGUGUCUGUGGAUUUCUCUGGAAAUUCUGUUCUCAACUCGUUCCAUGUGGAUCAUCACAAGAUUGCUCUGAACCAGAACAUAUCUGCGUUCGUCAUCAUCGAUGCAUAUCAACUGUGACAACGACGACGACGACCACCAUGAAGACGGAGACUACAACGAAAAGAGCAAAAUUUAACAAAUGGCAGCGAUACGGAAGAAUCAUCGCUGGUGGAAAUGGUCAUGGAUUCGGUUUAAAUCAACUUUACAUUCCUGCUGGAUUCUCUAUUGGCAGAAAUAAGACUGUUUUUAUCGCUGAUUUGAUGAACCAUCGUGUUGUUCAAUGGAUAUCAGGAACAAGUCAAGGAAAUGUUACUGCGGGCGGAAAUGGAAUUGGAAACAAAACUGAGCAAUUGACAUCGCCAAUAGAUGUGCUUGUUGAUGAACAGAGUAAUUCAUCGAUCAUUGCUGAUCGAGGAAACAGACGAUUAAUUCAAUGGUUCAAUUGA